GCUUAUUCUAUUCUUGUAACUUUACCUUUGUUGAACUCUAGAAACGAGCAAGUAAAGACAAGAGGUGAGAGAUAGCAUACCCUAUCAGGUUAGCGCGUUUGCGGGCGCUAGUCGGGACAGCUACGACAGCGUUCUAGCAGCCUUGUCUACAGAUGUCCAUCAGGUCCUCAUAAACAAAUAACUUCCCUCCACCACAACUACACUAUGCCUUCAACCACUGCAGAAACGAUCUCACUGGUCUCUAGGACAGUAUCUGUUGCUCCGCUAGUACUUCUUUCGGUCGCCGACCACUACGGGCGCAGCGCCAAAGAUUCCAAGAAGCGCGUAGUUGGCGUUCUGCUUGGACAAAAUGAUGGAAAGGACGUACGGGUUUCAAACAGCUUUGCUGGUAUGCGCACACAUGUCAUAUAUCAAGGGGAAAUCAAUGCUGACGCUGGAAUAAAAAGUGCCCUUUGAGGAAGACGACCGCGACCCAAGCGUCUGGUUUCUGGAUCACAACUAUGUCGAGUCAAUGGCCGAUAUGUUCAAGAAGAUCAAUGCCAGGGAGAAGCUGGUUGGAUGGUACCAUUCGGGGCCAAAACUGAGAGCUUCAGAUCUGGAGAUCAAUGAGCUAUUCAAGAGAUAUACACCAAAUCCACUGCUGGUUAUCAUUGAUGUUCAACCAAAGGAGGCUGGCGUUCCAACAGAUGCAUACUUCGCAGUAGAGGAAAUCAAGGAUGAUGGAACCACCACAACCAAGACUUUCGUACACACACCCUCGAUCAUCGAAGCUGAGGAAGCAGAGGAGAUUGGUGUUGAGCAUUUAUUGAGAGAUAUCCGGGACGUGGCGGUCGGAACUCUGUCGACGAGAAUCACAAAUCAACUACAAUCCUUGCAAGGUCUACACCUACGGUUACGAGACAUUGGCCAAUACCUCCAAAAAGUCCUGGACGGAUCCCUUCCCGUCAAUCACGCAAUACUGGGCAACCUCCAAGACGUCUUCAAUCUUCUACCCAACCUUUCCACACCCAAAGCCUCGUCACAUAUUCCUAAUGGUGUCGAUGCACCGGUCAAAAAUAACAGCGAGCUUGCACACGCUAUGAGCAUCAAGACCAACGAUCAACUCAUGGCUAUUUACCUCAGCAGUCUCAUCCGUGCCAUCACCGCUUUCCACGACCUGAUCGAGAACAAGAUCCAGAACCGUCAACAGCAAGAAGAUAAGGAGGCCAAGAAGGAUGAGGGCAAAGAUGACAAGGAAAAGAAGGCGAAUGGAGUGAAUGGAGUAAAUGGAGAGGCCAAGGAGGGUAAAGAGGCAGAAAAGGAGAAAGAGGACAAGGAUAAAAAGAAGUGAUGAAUGUAUGGAUGAUGGCGUUUAGUUCUUCUCCAAGCGGUGUUCAUGGGGCAUCAGAGCGGCGGGUUGGCUGGCAUAUUUCAAAUUAUGGAGAUAUGCCAUUGUAUCAUAGAUUCGUAGCUUGCAGACUAAUAGCAGCCACGCGAUUGUCCUCAUACAUUCAGU